AUGAAUAUCGUCGAAUGGGCCUUCGGCAAGCGCAUAACGCCUGCGGAGCGUCUGCGCAAGCACCAGCGUGCCCUGGAUCGAACCCAGCGCGAGCUGGACCGAGAGCGCACUAAGCUCGAGAAUCAGGAGAAGAAGUUGAUUCAAGAUAUCAAGAAAAGCGCAAAGAAUGGCCAGAUCGGUGCCUGUAAGAUCCAAGCUAAGGAUCUUGUUCGGACACGAAGAUAUAUUCAGAAAUUCUAUCAGAUGCGCACUCAACUACAGGCAAUCUCUCUACGUAUUCAGACGGUCCGCAGCAAUGAACAAAUGAUGCAGUCAAUGAAGGGUGCCACCAUGCUUCUGGGAAGCAUGAACCGACAGAUGAAUCUUCCCGCAUUGCAGCGCAUCGCGAUGGAGUUCGAACGAGAGAACGAGGUCAUGGAUGAACGACAAGAGAUGAUGGACGAUGCCAUUGACGAGGCUACCGGGAUUGAGGGUGAAGAGGAGGAAGGCGAGGAUAUUGUCAAAGAAGUAUUGGAUGAAAUUGGUGUUGAUUUGGGUCAAUCGAUGGGCGAGACACCUUCUAACAUUCAAAAAGAAUCGGUUGGAGAGACCCGCGUUGCGCAGGCCAUCGGUGGUGGAGGUCACGCGGAUGAUGAUGAUCUUCAAGCAAGACUGGAUAGUCUACGACGUUGA